GGUUGAUGAAGCAAAAUGGCUUCUAAAAGAGAAGUUGUCAGAAUUACUUAUGAUGAUUUGAAAAAUUCCAUCAUUUCAAAGAAAAACGAAAAAGCUAAAUCUAAUCGAGAUGAAGAUGAUAGUGAAAAGAAACCUUCGAGAUCUAAACGACCAGCCCAACAAAUCUAUCGACCUGGUGGAGCAUCCCGAUUACAAACCACAAAAACGGUUGAUACAAAAUUUGUCGGGGAAACAGAGUGGGAUGUAGAUACCACCAAUGUUGCCUUUGACAACAACAGCCAACCUCCCAGUAAAGAAAGCAGCAUGGAAAGAAACUUUUCAGAAAUCACAAAAAAUAUUCAGUCACUAGGUAAUAAUCCACAUGGAGAUCUGGACGUGCUAGUUGAUGGUAAGAAAGAAAAUAUGAAUAAGAAUAAAAAUGAGGAAUCUGCAAAAAAAUCAAACCUGGAUAACAGACGUAAGAAAAGACCUGAUAUACAAGUCUAUGUGCCAAGAGGUCGACUGUUAGAGAAAGAAGAUAAAAAAUUAGAAGAGAACUGGGAUUCCGAUAUAACAACGGAUGUUGAUAAUAUGCGAAUCAGUUUCUCAAGCCAGGAUGCUCUGAGUCCUAAAGUAAACAGAAGACAUUUACCAGGUUCUGAUUCCCCCUCUGUUAAAAGAUCCAUUAUCAGUAACAGUUCUAUAACAAGCCCCACUAAAUCUGAAAAGGAACAGUUUCAGAUUACAAAAUCGAACCAACCAAAAUCUCCUGAUGAUCAAUAUCAGGAGGAUUCCUCAACAUUCGGACGACAGAUUAAUGUACAAGAUUCAUCUGGUGCUUUAAAAGUCACGGUAAUUCAUCCAGAUCAAACAACGGAAAAUAAAGCAGACGGUCCAACACCUUCCAGAAAGUCUUCGUAUGAGGGUGAAAAGUGUAAUACAUUUCCGAAAAGCAAAUACAAACAGGAACAGUUUCGUAAAAAUAACCGCAGAAGUUCAAGUCCUAAACCAGGAGAUUAUCAACAAAGAGAAACGUACGGUCGGAAUCGCCGGCGGAAUUCUAACUCUUCCCAGGAAGGCGACACAUUUUCAGAAAAGGGUGGCUAUGAAAGAAAUGAGAAUUAUGGGUACAGAGGUGGAGGAGGUGGUCGUCGACCAAAAUCUCUCAAAGGUGGCAAUCAGAAAAAAUUUGCUGACCAGAGAGAACCAGAAAAGAAAUUUCAGGUGAAAGGAAUAACAGAAAGGAUGUUGAAAGAAAGGGAUAAGUUAGAAUCUGAAAAAUAUUUUACAGGAAAACGAUUUUCAGCAUCACGACACCGUGCUGGUAGUUUUAGCAGUGACAUGAGCGUAAGUAGUGAGUUAAGUAUUGAUAAUUUUGAUGACGAAGAACACGAAGCUGCCAUGCAGCGAGUUCUAGAUUGGGGUGCUGAAGUGGAGAGGGAACUGUCGCAACAGGUACAGAAUGAAGCUCAAAAACUGAAUGAAUAUUUAGAAAGUUGCGUGGCUGGAUAUCCACCGCAACCAGAGAGUCCGAAAGAACCAGAACCUGCCGACCAUCAACAUCCCAAGGGUUAUUCAAGUCUACCGAGAAAUGACUAUCGCGGUCGUAAAAAAGAAAGACGAAGGAAUAGCAAAGGAUCUCAUGGCUAUGGCAGUAAUCGUAGUCGGGAUUCUAGUUUAAGCAGCAAUCAAGAUGAUGAAAAUAAUUUUCACGGAGAACGUCGAGGAAGACGACCUAAAAAACGCCAUUCUUCUGCUGGAGCUAAAGUUCGACAUCCGUCUGGUGAAAGUGAAAAUCUGAAUCUUAAAAUAACUCUGGGUGGGAAUGAAAGACAAGUGAAAAUGUCCACUGAAAAUCAACAGAGAAAAAAUUCUGAAAGUCAUUCUCCACAGGUGCAUAGUGGGGGGUUAAUUAGACUCACAGGAGGUAACUCAGGUCCACCCCAUCCUCAUUCUCAGGGACAUGGUCGUGGCCGAUAUAGGGAAAGUCAUUCAGACACGUUGCCAAGGCAGCAAGGGAGGGGACGAGCUGAAGGACGAGGGCAAGGAGGUCAGAGGAUGUUGUUUGAUCCUAAUAACCCCAAAAAACCUAUUGUAAUAACUAAUUCUAAGCUGAAGUUUAAUGAUCCCGCUUCCUCUAGUCCUACAUCACCUGAAAAUGAUCAGGCUUACGGUUAUAAUCAUGGUUACCAUGACACAUCACCUGGUUACCAAGACAACAACCCUCAACCUGGUUACUAUAACUACCAACAGUCUCGCAGUGAUCCAAGACUCGAAGGUUCUUAUGAUAGAGGACCAUAUUCUAAUAGUAAUGGAGAUUUUGACCAGUUGAUCUCAACAAUGUCUAGACAUCGAUGUCAAGUUGUAGCGCAGCAGUUAUUACAUGAAGCACUGCAGAUCGAUAAUCAGUUGACUCAUAUCUUAGCUUGUCGAGUUCAUGGAGAAGAUGGUUGGAGAAAUAUACAUCGUAUGAGACAUGAGUUAAAGGGCAGAUUACAACAAGUUUUGUUACUGGACCCGCCAUUGGCUAAUAAACACAGUAUAGAACAGUUACUAUGGAAAUCAGCAUAUUAUCAAGUUAUUGAAGUUUUCCGUAAAAACCUGGUAGAAGAAUCUGAUGAUCAUACUAAAGCUCAAUUAUUACAAAUACUACAGGAGGGCACAGAUUUUUUUGAAGGCUUAGUAAAGAGAAUGCAGGCUGUGUAUAAUUUUGAUCUGGAAACAUUUCUGGAUGCCAACCAGCCUCCUCCUGAUAACGUAAACAGAACAGUUAAACUUUGUCUGGUUAUUGCACAGAAGUUAAUCAUAUGUCUUGGUGAUAUAUCACGAUAUCGAGAACAAGCCAAUGAAACAACUAAUUAUGGUCGAGCUAGAAGUUGGUAUAUGAAAGCUCAGCAGUUGGCACCAAAAAAUGGCCGUCCAUAUAAUCAGUUAGCAAUAUUAGCCCUUUACACGAGACGUAAAUUAGAUGCUGUUUAUUAUUAUAUGAGAAGUUUGGCAGCAAGUAAUCCUUUUAUCACAGCUAGAGAAAGUUUGAUGUCAUUAUUUGAUGAGGCUAGGAAAAAGUCAGAGUUGGUAGAAAAGAAGAAAGAAGAGGAAAAAGAUUUGAGACGUAAAAAAAAUGAACAACGUCAGCGAACGACGAAACAUCGUAUUGAGAUCUGGGUAUCACCAGAUGGCAGCAGUACUGAGAAUAUGGAUUCUGAGACACCUGAAGAAGAUUUAUCGCAACUCUCUGGUAUUGAGUUAAAUAAACGAUUUGUUUUAAGUUUUUUGACUGUUCACGGGAAGCUGUUUACAAAAAUAGGGAUGGAAUUAUUUGCGGAGAGUUGUGGACAAAUGUUACAAGAAUUCAGUGUAUUAUUACAACAUUCUCCGUGUGUCAUCAGUAGUCACAGAUUAUUACAACUCAUGGCUAUUAAUAUGUUCGCUAUAGAAAAUACAGCACUUAAAGAUGAAUCAUUAGAAGAUAGUUGUCGUUCUCUUUUACAAGAUUAUUCUGUACAGAUGGGCCUUGAUAUGUUUGGUUUAUUGUGUGCUAGAUGUGCUGAACUUAUGACCUCUCACCUCCACUCACCAGACUAUCCUGCCGCACUUAUGAAUGAAGAUUUACAUCAGUUGACCGCUGGGGUCAAAGUUUGGACUGACUGGAUGAUGUGUCAUGCUGGUUUGUGGAAUCCCACUCCAAUGCCUCGUCCACCUGAUAUAGGACCUCAGAUUGAUCCAUGGAAAUGUACUGCUGAUUUAUGUAAUAUAUUAAAAGAUGUCGACACGUCGCAUAUUAAAUUAUAUCGACAUCGCAAGGAAAACUGUGACCCUAUAAUAUUGAGUGAAGAUAAUCUAAUGGCAGGUUUUGUUCCUAUGCUUGGUGCUCCUGUAGAAAGUUGUUUUGUACAUUCUACUGUUGAUAAGGAAAUAGCAAGAGACAGUAUGAGAUUGGAGAAGUUGGGUUUAUUCAGUGAUUAUUUAUGUGGUAUCGAACCACCGAUGUUGGCUUAUAAUGUAGAAACUAAACAGUAUUACUCAGUAGCCCCUGUUAACAGAUCAGAGAAUGAGCAAGCUGAUGAUGAAUGUCCUGAUUCAGCGUCAGAAGAUGUUAUUAUUGAAAGUGAAGAAGAAACAGAAAACGUGAGUGGUGAUGAAGAUCACGUCCGCCAUUUAAAAGCUAAACGAGAACAUCUGAAACGUAAAGUGAAAGAACGAUCUCAACAUAAAGAAAAUGUCGAGGCAUUGCUGGAUAAAGAUCGCCAUAAAAAGAUAGAAUUAGAGAUACAUCCACGAUUCCUUGUGCCGGACACAAAUUGUUUUAUUGACCAUUUUAACCCUCUCAUCUCUAUAUUAGAGAGUAAAAAAUAUACCCUAGUUAUCCCCCUUGUUGUAAUAAAUGAAUUAGAUGGAUUAGCUAAAGGAGGUCGGGAAAGCCAGCAUGACUCUCGUGAACACUCCUCCAUGGUGCAACAACAUGCCACUACAGCAGUACAAUAUCUUGAAUCACAAUUUCAACGUAAAAACUCACAUCUCCGAGCUCAAACAUCCAAAGGCUCGAUCCUAGAGACAAUUGCUUUCAGAAGUGAAGAAAUUGAUACAACCGGAACGAAUGACGAUCUGAUUUUAUCUUGUUGUUUACAUUAUUGUAAAGAUAAAGCCAGAGAUUUUAUGCCCAAAGAAAAAGAUGCCCCAGUUCGACUGUAUCGGGAUGUUGUGUUAUUAACAGAUGAUAGGAAUUUACGUCUGAAGGCUCACACUUGUAAUGUACCUGUCCGAGAAGUGGCAUCCUUUAAAAAAUGGAGCAAAAUUAGCUGAAACAACAUUACAGAUUAAAUUGAUACUAUUUUUAUAUCUGAAAUACAGCUCUAUAGCGCCAAGACCUGUUGUCAUGGAGAUGUGCGAAAGGCUAGCCCUGAGUUAUUGUUUACCCAGAAUCCCCCUGUUUAUGACAGUUCCUGUUAGAAGUUGUAACCUUAGAUAUUGCUAGCUCGGUUUGGCUUUGCUGGCCUGUUGAACGCAUGAGAUCUGCAGAAUUAUUAACAUUUUUAAUACCCCAAACCUUUAAACUUUUUUGUAGAAUACUUUUACAUUUAUCAUGUAAUUUAUCCGACACCGAUUUGAGUUUUUAUUCUAAGGGAGCACCGAUUAAAAUUUUGCUACCUAUUCCUUUGGUGAAAAAAAAUUUAAAACAAAAUUAUUUAGUUGCUCUUCUAAGAAGCUGCCUUUAAGUUGAGAUUUUUUUUAAUUUUAAAGACAACGUUGUUCAGAGGACUGAUAUCACCAAGU